AUGUAAAAAAAUCGCAAAAUAUAAUCACUUUUAGAUAAAAAUAAUAUUGAUAAUAGUUAACAAAUUUAAAUUAGAAAUUAGUUCUUUUAAAAUUAUUUCAAAAAAGAAAAUUUCAAAAUAGAAAAGUUCUUAGGAAAAGGAAAAUUCUCGACUGUACAUAUGGCUUAAGAUAUAAAAACUGGAUUAAUUGUAGCAAUAAAAAAGAUAAAAAAAGAGAGUUUUUUCAAAUACAAAAAUGAAGAUUACUUACAAAACGAAAUAAAAAUUUAAUCUUUCUUAAACCACCCUAAUGUUAUAAAACUCUACGGUUUUUACUAAACCAAAGGCUCUAUAUACCUUGUACAAGAAUAUGCAGCUGACGGGGAAUUAUAUUAAGGAUUACAAUAACAACCAAAUAAAAGAUAUUAAGAAAAUCAAGUAGCCUAUUUCAUAAAAUAAAUAGCGGAAGUAUUACUUUAUUUACAUAAAAAUCAUAUAAUUCAUCGCGAUCUAAAACCUGAAAAUAUUCUAAUGUCUUUUGGAGUAUUAAAAUUAGCCGAUUUCGGCUGCAGUGUUUUUUGCCAUAAAGAUGGUCGUAAAACUUUUUGUGGUACUCUGGAUUAUAUAAGCCCUGAAAUGGUAAGGGGAGAAACCUAUGAUUAAAGUGUUGAUGUGUGGAGCUUAGGAGUUUUAACUUAUGAGCUUUUGACAGGAAAAGCUCCUUUUUGUUAAGAAUCAAGUCAAUAAACAUAUUUUUAUAUUGAAUAAGUAAUUCAUUUAUAUAUUUAUUUUUUAUAAUUAUAUAUAUAUAUAUAUUAUUAAAAAGGCAAUUUUAUUUAUACCUGGAUAUAUUACAUUAAUUGCAUAAGAUUUUAUUAAAAAAUUAUUAUAAAAAGAAUCUUAAAAAAGGAUGAAAAUUUAGGAAAUAAUAAAUGA